UUUUAUUUUAAUGUCAGUGGCGUAAAUAUAAUUAUUCAUUAAGCUGAAAAAAUGCACCACUCACUAAAGACUGAAGUUCACAAUCCUCAUCCAUGAUUUUCUCUUUCUCUUUCUACUUCUCUGACGGCUUAAAAUUUGAACCAAUCACAGUCGCGAGCCUGCACAACUGCAUUUACAUAGAACAUGUAUAAGUACCGCGACUGAAUUCAUUAUGUUACACACUCAGCGUUCAAAAUGCCUGAACCAGCGAAGUCUGCACCGAAGAAGGGCUCCAAGAAAGCCGUGACCAAGACGGCCGGCAAAGGAGGAAAGAAGAAGAGGAAGACCAGGAAGGAGAGCUACGCCAUCUACGUCUACAAGGUGUUGAAGCAGGUCCACCCCGACACCGGCAUCUCCUCCAAGGCCAUGAGCAUCAUGAAUUCGUUCGUGAACGACAUCUUUGAGCGCAUCGCCUCCGAAGCUUCUCGCUUGGCGCAUUACAACAAGCGCUCCACCAUCACCUCCAGGGAGAUCCAGACCGCCGUGCGGCUCCUGCUGCCCGGUGAGCUGGCCAAGCACGCCGUGUCUGAGGGCACCAAAGCCGUCACUAAAUACACCAGCUCCAAGUAAACUCUUGCUAAAGCAGAAACCCAAAGGCCCUUUUAAGGGCCACCCACAUUUCUCCUAAGAGCUCUUUCCAAUCAUUCAUGAUAUAUUAAAUGAUCACCAGAACGUUUAAAAUGUAAUGAUCAUGUGGCGAUAUUUUCAGGCAGCACUUGAAAGAUUUAAAGUAAAAGUAUACUCUGGUUCCAAUUUGGUUUUUGUUCUAUUCUAAAGUAAAACGGUAUCAGUAUUUUUUUUUUAAUGAUUGUAUGUUC